CUGGGCAGGGCAGGGCUAAUAGACUCAAUGACAUCAUCCAAAGAGAGAAAGGGAGGGAGAGAGCACAGAGCAGCCUGAGGCAGUAAAAGCCACCAGGCCGGCACAGACACAGAGGACAGCGGCAUGGGACUGUGUGUGUGUGCAGACUGCAGAGGACCUGGCUGCCUUCAUCUCCCUUUGACAGGAAUAUACUGCGGUGUUUGGGGACUGUCAUCUUAGCUUUGGGCCUUUAUUAUUUUCACAUCUCCCCUUCCCUUUCCCCUCUUCCCCUUUUCUACCCAUCUAUCCUCUGGAACUGACCCCCCUUUUCAGCUCCUGCUACAGAAGGCUCUCCGGGCAUGCUCCUUAAGCCAAAGUAUGGCCGCUUUCGCAAUGAGUCUGUGACCUCCUCUGACGACCUGAUGCAGAGCUUAGCCAUGAGUGGCAAAGUGGUGGCCACACCAGUGGUCUCCUCCUCCACACCAAGCCUCCCUCUGCCCCCCUUGCCCUCUCUGGACCCUGGCCUCCGGUCCUCAUCUGCAUCUGGUGGUGCUGCAGCGCUGGCAGAUUCACCCUGUUUGGAUGGGGAGCAGGAUGCCACCACUACCUUCUGUAUGCUCAUCCCUAAAAUGCCUCAGUGGAAGUUCUCCAACUCACUGCUCAGUCGUAGCCCAUCCAAUUCCAGCUCCAGCUCCACUUCAAGCAAGGACUCAGGCAGAGCAGCAGGGCCGCUCUCACAGACUUCUGCCUCUCCUUCCUCUUCUUCCUCACACAGGCUAAAUGUGGCAUCCAGCGGCCCUGUGGCCAGUUUGGCAGCUGUGCUUAACUCAUGUGACCCUGUGUGUGUCACUCCAUGUUCCUUACAGGCCAUUCGGGGUCAAAGGGCAGUGGCAUCUGCAAAUUCAACCAACCCCGGUGGGCACAGCUUUGGGGCUACUGAGGCUAUGGCAAGCCCUGGGAGUACUUUCAGCUGUAGGUCAGGACUAAACCGCAGGACCAGAGGAGAGGGAGCAGUGUGGCUCGGAAGUGAGGAGUUUAGCCAAAAAAGCAGCUUCAUCCACAAACCUACCCAGGGCUGGCUCCAUCCUGACAAGAAGAUUGCAGGACCAGGUGCCUCUUAUAUUGUCAGAUACAUGGGAUGUAUUGAAGUACAGAAGUCAAUGCGCUCUUUAGACUUCAACACCCGCACUCAGGUGACCAGAGAAGCCAUCAAUAGACUGUGUGACACUGUGCCUGGUGGGAAGGGUGCGUGGCGUAAGAAGGCACUUAAUAAAGCCCUACAGUCCAUCAUGGGUAAGAGUAACCUUCGGUUUGCAGGCAUGAGCAUUGCUGUCAACAUUUCUAUAGAUGGACUGAGCCUCCUCAUCCCAACUACACGGCAGGUGAUCGCACACCAUCCCAUGCAGUCCAUUUCAUUUGCCUCUGGGGGAGACACAGAUACACCUGAUUAUGUUGCAUAUGUGGCCAAAGACCCAGUAAACCAAAGAGCUUGCCAUAUUCUGGAGUGCUCAGAUGGUUUGGCUCAGAGUGUCAUCAGUACAAUUGGUCAGGCUUUUGAGCUGCAGUUCAAACAAUAUCUACACAGCCCCCCAAAGACCAUGGCAUCUGCUGAAAGGUCAGUGAGGCCAGAGGAGCCGGUGUGGGGGGAGGAGGAGGACUUCUCAGAUCAUGACUAUUACAACAGUAUCCCAGGAAAGGAGCCCCCUGUUGGUGGAGUAGUAGACACCAGGCUGCGGCCCAGUGCAUCCCUACUUGGUCACAUUCACACGCAACCUCAGAGCAAAAACACAUCACAGAUGAGCUCUCGGAGAGAGCAGACCUCACACCCUCCUGGACAGCUGUGCUAUGAACUUCACUGGGACACAGAGGUGACCCACAGCUCAGGUUUGACCUCAGAUGGAUACCUGUGUGCUGAUGGACAUCCAGGAAACAAAGAUUAUGAGGAGCAUCAGUAUGUCAACACACAAAGUCUGGACAACCUGGAGUCUCUUAUACAUGAGCCCAAUGGACACAGUGCAGCUAAGGCAUCAGACAGCCCCAAGAAAGACCUCUUUGAUAUGAGGCCGUUCGAAGACGCUCUGAAACUCCAUGAGGCCAGCGGUGGACUUGUAGGCUCUACUGUUCCCCUUGUGUCUGUUCCUGGAGGAGUGCAUGUGCUCGAGGAUCAAUGGCCCAGUCCUCCUCGCCGCCGGGCCCCUGUGGCUCCAAAUGAGGAGCAGCUGCGCAGAGAACCGUGGUACCACAGUCGUAUGAGCCGGAGGGACGCAGAGAAACUCUUGAUAAGAGAUGGGGACUUCCUAGUUCGGGAAAGCACAACCAACCCAGGGCAGUAUGUGCUGACAGGCAUGCACUGUGGCCUACCCAAACACCUCCUGCUGGUCGAUCCUGAAGGAGUGGUCCGGACCAAAGACAUGUUGUUUGAAAGCAUAAGUCACCUUAUUUCAUACCACCUGAAGAAUGAGCUGCCAAUUGUAGCAGCGGAGAGUGAGCUUUACCUCAAACAAGUGGUCAGAAGAAAACCAUAAGAAUCUCUGCAUGAAAUGGUAACAAAUGAUAUGGAUUAUACUUUAAUUCACUCAUUGUAGAUAUUUUAUGAUUUCUGUUCUCAUUCAUACUGGCAUGAGAAAUUUUGCAUUAUUGACCUUCAACAAAUCAAAACUGUGAAGGACAGCGUCAGUAUUUUUGGUGAAACACUGUAUUCUCAACAAAUGACAGUGCUCAACAUGAAAAAAGUGUAACUAAUGGUUGAGCUGGAAAUGUCAAAGUUCUAUGGCUGCAGAUGUUUUGAGAUAUCAUCAAAGACAGAAGAUUGUGUUCAAAGAUACACACAACACACAAGACUUUGGGGUUCCUGCCUUGUAACGGAUAUCUUAAAGUGUUAAAAGUGCCACGCAAGGAAAGAAACCUUUACUUUUCCGUGAAUCAGCGAGGUCUACUGAACAAAACUGAAACUUGUUUAGGAUUUGUCAAAGAAUCCCAAUGAGAGUUAUUUGCUUCAUUUGGUGACUCAGACUUACAGGUCACACAAAUGGCACAACUGAUAUUUUUAAGAUAUAGAACUAAAUAUAUACUAACCAGAGACACAAUUAUUUGUAAUGUCCUGCUUUUAAAAAUGUGUUAUGAACAUCAUUUUUAAGGCAAGAUUUUGUUACAGUACGCUAAUCCUACUUAAGCCAUUUCUGUUCUUCUGAAACAUAUUUUGAAGGGCUUUUCAUAUUUUUUAUGUGUGACUUGACUGUUCUUGUUCUCAGAGGUCCUAUAGUUUUCUUGGCUGCACUUAGUAUCUAAGUCUGUACAUCUCUAUCAUGUUCAACUUCAGUGCCUUACAACUACAGGCUUUGGGCUUCUUAAAAUGCAGUUAUGACACAAUUUCAAAACAAUAACCUGGAUAAAAAUGACAAAAAACCUAAUAUCUAUUAACAGGAAAGUAAGCUGCUCUUAGUUUAUGCUGGAUGCUGUAUAGUAGUUUAGCAACACACUGUAAGUGUGUGCGUAUGCCCUUAUGUGUAUGUCCAUUGCAAUCUCAGGAAAAAACAUGAUUAUUGUAACAUUUCAACUCUUUAUACUCUAUUUCUGCAUACUGUUACAACAUUUUGUUCUAUUCUGUUCAUCUUCAGUACUUCACAAGAGACAGUUUGGGUUGUGGGCAUUUCUACUCAAUCUAUUUAUCUGCUGUCUGCUAUGUAUCAGUCUGAUGCACAGAAAAAUCAUUUAUGGUUUAAAGGUCCAUUUUAAUCAGUAGCUUUGCCAAUAAAAUAGACUAUUAACGACAAAGUUACAAUGUAUUUUGUUGAUAUCAGUGAAAGUACAACCCCAACAAGCAGUAACAGUCCUGCAGGCAAAACAAGAGAAACAAAACAUGCAGCAUAAUUUACUUUUUCUUUUAUUAUUACAAAAUUAUAUAAAACAACCACUUGUCACACAUUUUGGUACACUUUCCUAAUAGAUACCCUGUGUCAUUCAGGUUUGGACAUCAGCAAAGCUACGGUAAUUCUAAAAAAGGCACUCAAUUGUUCUUUACUGCUUUAGUUUGAUCAGCUGAGGCUUAUAACAGCAAUAUGCAGGACAGUAGUUUCAAUGUUUUUGGCUCAAUAUGAUCUUAGUCCGGUGGCUUUCUAAGCAUUAUUUAAAAGUCUGUCAGAUUAGUGAUCUGGCUGUGACAUCCUCAGUAUCUGAAACAGAAGACCCUGAACAUCCUCAUCCAUAUGACCCUGUAAAUCAAGAAGAAAUAGUUGGUUUCAGUUACUCAAUAGCGACACUUUGAGUAUCUGCCCAUACCCAAUAUCAAACCAAUAUUAUACCAACGCAAAGUCUGAAAAAAAACUUUUAUGAGAAAACUGAUCCAAAUGUACAAUGUUAAUCCUUCAACUAACUUCAGAACAGCUUUGUGUAAAUAAAAUGUUCUGGACCAUAAUCACUCAGUCUUACUACAUCAAUUUGUAGCUCACACCAGAAUAUCGACAGAACAGACAUCCUGGAGGAGAACCGAUAUCAGAUACCAAUAUUGGUAUAGUGCAUAACGUUGUUUGCUGUUAAAGUUCACAAGGGUAAAUAGUUUUAUAAUCUGUAAUCUAAAUAAUAAAAGGUGAAAAAAAUGUUCCAAAAUUACACAUGAUGUGACCUCAUAUUUGUGUUACAUGAUUUUUUUUUUUUUUUAAUGGUAAUUUGUAUACUGAACAAACCUGUACAGCUGACAGAAGAUGAGAACGAUACACUGCCACAACUUGCUUGUGCUUUCUCUCCCAAUCCUGAAAAAAUAUUUGGUCUAAUAAUUCAAAUAAUAAACUUAAAUCAUUAAUUUC